AUGAUUACAUUUUUUCUCAGGCCAUUGGUUCAGGAAAAGCUGGAUGUUUUGAGUAAAGCUGGUCUUACUAAAGAUGAUUUCUCACAGGCUGAUACCAAGCGAUUCAAGGACUCAAAACAGAAAGAUAUCAUGAAUUAUUUUGAGACUUCCUUCAUGGAGGAACCAGGGAUCGAAGAACUGAAUCAAAUUGCCGAAUUGGAAGCUGCAUAUUCUAAGGGCAGUUGCGAAAAUGCAGGUUCUCCAUCUACAAAUGAUUGUGACUUAGAUGUUGCUGAAGCUGCUGCCAACCACAAAGGAACUGAUGAUGCCCCAAACAAAGAUGGCGACUUUAAGCAAUCCAGUACAUACACCAGUAUAUCAGAAAUUGACAAUAAAAGCAGGAUACACAAAAUGACAUUAUUUCAGUCAACUGAAUCUACAAUAAAAAGAGAUAUAUGUAUUGAGGAGCAACCUGUAUCUAAAAGAGCUCGGAGAAAAUAG